UCAAUCAGUCGUAGUUUUUGUGUGAAGCGUAUAAGUGAUAUACAAAAUGAGAAAUAUGUACUUUCGUCAGUACGCGGUGGUUUUCGCAAUAAACCUGAACUGCAUCAGUUUCGGUAUGGGCACCACCUGGCCAUCUCCCGUGCUGGUGAAGCUGGCCAACGACACAGAAACCGUAGGAGCUUUAGAGCAAGAUGAGGGAUCUUGGAUUGUUUCCGUCUCUUACCUCACUGGAUCUUUGGGGUACGUGGUGUCAUCAGCCUUGGUGGACUGUAUAGGCCGCAAGCAAUGCGUGAUCCUGUCGAGCGUCGUCAGGAUGGCGGCAGCUCUCCUGUUCCUGUUCUCGAGGGACGUGUGGAUGCUCAUAUUGGGCAGAGCGCUCAACGGGCUCUCAGAAGGCAUCAUAUUGAGUGUUAUACCGGUUUACGCUUCGGAAAUCGCCAGUAAAGAAAUCCGCGGAGCUCUCGGAGUAAUGCUGCAGAUAUUUACUUCUAUCGGCUCUGUGAUCAUGCUCAGCGUUGGACCUUUCAUCUCAUACUUCAAUCUGAAUCUUACGUUGAUUCUGUUCACCGUCGCGACCAGCAUACCUACUGUUUUCUUACCUGACAGCCCGAACUUCUUAUAUUCUAAAGGCAGAGAAGAGGAAUCCAAAAAAGUUCUAAUCUUCUUAAGAGGUUCCGAGUUCAACGCCAAUGAGGAACUAAAGGAAUACUCCACAAACAGGAAUGACGAAAAAUCAAGUCUGCUGACAAUUUUCCGUAAUAAAAUGUUUCAGAAAAGCCUCGGGAAGUCUGGAUUCAUUAUUGUCAUUGUCUACUUGAUUGGAUUCAAUUGCGUCAUGACGUAUCUUCAGACGAUUUUGGACAUAACGCAAACAAACAUAAGGUCUGAGAUGGCAUCUGGCGUCAUCGGCGCCAUAAACCUUUUAGCAAGUUUCUCGACUCUGAUGAUUACAGAUAGGUUUGGAAGAAAACCUAUUUUGAUAUGGACGUUGCUUGGAAUGCUUGUGGGAAUGGUCGGUCUAGGGGUAUUCUUUAAGCUGACUGAAAUGGGGGCUGAAGUGUUCGGGUUUUUGAACUAUCUUCCGCUCAUAUCUCUGCUUCUAAUAGUGUUUUGCUACAGCGGUGGUCUCGGAUCUUUACUCUGGGUUGUUAUAGCGGAACUUUUCGAUGACCGUUCCCGUGGAAUCGGGAUGGCGACCGCCCUCCUUAUAGGAACAGUUCCCUCGUUCCUGACGCUGAGAUAUUUCUCGUCUCUGAUAGAUAUGUUGGGGCCGGCGCCGGUUUUCUGGGCGUCUGCUAUGUUCUGUGCCGUGCUGGCGACGUUUGUGGCGCUUAGAUUACCGGAGACGAAAGGGAAGAGUUUUGCGGAGAUACAGCAAGAGUUGGGGAAUAGUUCUGUAACUAAUCCUCAAACAUUUGAGCUGACGCCGAGGAUAGAAUAGGUGGCUCAUCUAAAAU